AUGCCUUACUUUCCCUUCUUCCAACACCUCGAACAUCUUUUUCUUCAAGACCACCUGCCUCUCACUAGCUGUGGGCUAAUACAGCGGAAUGCUGGAUGGCAUCAUCGAUCUGAGACGGGCACAUACUACGACUCCAUGCCCGAUGUCAUCAGCUACCUAUCCCCCAUUGCUUUGACAUUGAAGGCGAGUGAUCAAGAACAAGCUGCCAAACGCUCCAUGUCCUCCCUGGUCGAGAAAGGCCGGGCUUACCUCUAUGAAUUAAUGAUGAAGCAGGAGGGCUUGUUUGUGCCCCCCCGAACCUAUGGAGCAGUCGUCACUGCCCUCCACGGACUUCCCAUUUAA